AUAUAGUUAGCCUGUGGCGGUAGUCAGCUUGCAUAGCGGAAAUCUCCAAACUCAGCACCGUCGCCACUCCUCCGAAGGAAGGGCGCAUCCUGUAUAGCUAGCUGGCUAGCUAUAUUCAUCGUUACGAUGGCGGUGAACCUCAGCAAAAACGGCCCAGCCUUGACAGCCGCGUAUAAAGAGGUGGUAGAUGAAAAAUCUAACACCGACUGGGCCUUGUUCACCUAUGAGGGAAACAGUAAUGAUAUACGCUUGGCAGAGAAGGGGGAUGGAGGACUGGAGGAGAUGGUGGAGGAGCUGAACAGUGGAAAAGUGAUGUACGCUUUCUGUCGUGUCAAGGAUCCAAAUUCUGGCUUGCCCAAAUAUGUCCUCAUCAACUGGACUGGCGAGGGAGUGAAAGAUGCCAGGAAAGGACUUUGUGCAAAUCAUGUCAGCUCCAUUGCAAACUUUCUUAAGGGGGCCCAUGUCACAAUAAACGCUAGAGCUGAGGAGGAUGUGGAACCAGAAGUGAUUAUUCAAAAGGUGGCCAAAGCGUCAGGAGCCAACUACAACUUCCACAAAGAAUCCCACCGCUUCCAAGACACUGGUCCCCAGGGUCCUGUGGGUUCAGUUUACCAGAAGACCAAUGCCAUGUCAGAAAUAAAGAAGACCAACAAAGACAAUUUCUGGGCACAAGCAGAGAAAGAUGAGGAGAAACGGCGACAAGAGGAGCGUCGUAAGGCAGACCUGGAGCGCCAGCAGCUCGAGAAAGAGAGGAAGGACCGAGAGGCCAAGGAGGCGGUGCAAAGGGACAAGCGGGACAAGGAGAGGGCCUCUGAAAUUGACCAACAAAAGAAGUAUCAGCAGCAACAGGAAGCUGAGAGCAGAGAUCGGGAGAAACAACAAUGGGAGGAGCAGGAGGUGGAGUAUCAAGAAGCCCAGAGGAAAGGGAUCAAGAGAGGUGAAUCUGUGGAGAAAGCUAACGAGGCAGCCUCUCUCAUUUCUCAGCGUGCCUUGAACCCACGAGAGAUGUUCAAACAGAGGGAAAGGGGCAUAACUCCCAGUGACUCAGAGGUCCCUGCUGCUGCCCCUGCCAGCCCUCAGCCAGGGCGUCUGCAAAGCCCUUUUCUCUUUAAGCAAGCAUAUGAACCUGAGCGGGUCAGCUCACCCCUGCGCCAAGCCUCCCCUGUGCCAGCAGGCUCUGCUUCUCCUGUUCGUGCCACAGAGCCUGAUGUGGAUGAUGGCCAGUCCCGGUGUGAGUAUGAUGAACCCGAGGCCACCCCCCAAGAGCAGUGGCAAGAGGAGGUACCAGCUGCUAACGCUUAUGUUCAGGAGCCAGAUUAUAACAGUCACAAUGAAGAGCCCCCUCAGGUGGAGGAUAGCAAUGCCAAUGAAGUGACCGCUGAGGAGACAUCAGACAGAGGCGUUUGUGCUAGAGCCCUCUAUGACUACCAGGCAGCUGAUGACACAGAGAUUUCGUUUGACCCUGAUGAAAUCAUUACUGGGAUCGAAAUGAUAGAUGAGGGCUGGUGGCGAGGCUAUGGCCCAAAUGGCCAUUUUGGGAUGUUCCCAGCCAAUUACGUGGAGCUUUUCUAAACUCGAGCCCGGUGCGUUCACUAGAUCAGCACAUUGGCAGUGCCAGAGGACCUCUGCCAUAGGACAACACACAGCCUCAAAACAAAGACAAGACCGUACAUCCUAGUGAACUGAUCCAAGUUGAAUCAGAAAAGUGAUCCUCCACAUCAUGGACCAGUAACCAAAUGGUAUUCACGGGGCCAGAAAAUUUGGAAAUGUAUCUCUUUUUUUCAAGAAAGUAAUUCCUAUUACAUUGUUGAUGUUGUGAACAUUUGAUGGCAUAGUUAAGGGGUUUGGGAAAGUUAGGCUGGCCAAAAUCCCUUGAAUAAAUCUCUUUACCUUAAAUGUUACGCCGUUAACUGUCAGCUUUUGUUAUCGUUUCCAGUCUUGAAUUACAUUGUGAGCGUCGGUAGCACUUGUAGUUCACACAUUCCUUAAAACAGUGAAUUCUGUUGUAUUUCAGGUAUGAAUUGUUACUCGUAGCAAAUUUUCCUUUCCAUUUCAGGAAAAAAAAAAUCAAAUAUGGUGGUACCUGCUACAGUAUAAACUUUUGCCUUGUUUUUGCCUUUCUUUCCAGGAAGACUGAAUUCUUUUCUCUUUCUUGUUUUUGUGGAAAUGAUUUUCAUUGGGCUUAAAACACCGUGUGAGUUUCAAAUCAUGGUUGUGGUUGAAUAGAAUAUUUAAGACGUUACAGUUGCUGUGCUCCGGGUGGCAGACUUAAGCGAUGAAUAACAUUUAAGCAUAUUUUAAGUUUUCAGGGACUUUGUCGCAAAGAAGAAAAAAAUAAGUCGCAGUCAUUUCCGAGAUACCGUAUCAUUCGAGCGUGCCGUAGAGAAGGUUUAACCGAAUGGCGUGGUAUUCCCUGCAAGGGUGCUUUGGGGCAUUUUAAUCUUACAUCGGGUCAAUUUCGAGAUGAGAAUUAUGCAAAGUGUGCUGCUUUUAAUGUACAACAAAAAUCAUUGUUCUUUAAAAGUCUGUGGUCAUCCAAGAAAAGAAAAAUGAAUUGUGAAUUGAAAAAAAGCAUGCAUCAUUACAUUAUUUUUUUGUGUUCUUCCAGAGUAUAUUGAAAAAUGUUCAGUCACUCUUCAUAAUAAAGGGGGGAAAAAAAAGUAUUUGUGUUGUUGAUUUG